AUGGCAGCAGCAGCAACUGUUGGACCUCGACCACUGGUAAUCUGUGGACCUUCUGGUUCGGGCAAGAGCACCCUGCUCAAGCGAUUAUUUGCUGAAUACCCUAAUACAUUUGGCUUUAGUGUGUCACACACUACCCGUCAACCACGUGCGGGAGAGGUCAAUGGCAUCGACUAUCACUAUGUCACUCGCGAUCACAUGGAAAAGGCUAUAGCAAAUGACGAAUUCAUUGAAUCGGCUUGUUUCGGAGGGAAUAUGUAUGGCACUAGCAAGGCGUCUGUUCAUGAUGUCCAGGACAAGGGGAAGGUGUGCGUGUUGGACAUUGAAAUGGAGGGAGUUAAGCAAAUAAAGAAAUCCGAUCUGAAUCCUAUUUUGGUAUUCAAUAAUCCACCUUCUGUAGAGGAAUUGAAAAAGCGAUUGUUGCUGCGCAACACUGAAACCGAAGAGUCACUGCAAAAGCGCUUGGAUUCCGCCCAAAAGGAAAUUCAUUUCGGCAAUGAGCCCGGAAAUUUUGACAUAAUCAUUUUGAAUGAUAUAAUCGAUGAGGCUUAUGCGAAGUUUAAGGAUUUUGUUAUUUCCGAAAUUAAGAAACAACAAGAACAAGGUGUUCAAAUCAAUUUAGACAAAAACUAA